UUGGUAUCCCCUCAUCAAACAAGGAUCUUUUUUUUUUUUUUUUGCUUCUGAUCAUGCAAAGCACCUUUUAGCAUCUGAUUCAUGUUUUCUCAGCUUCAAGAAACGAAUGAAUUCUUUGCUCCUGCAUACCCUCUGCUUCCUUCCUACGCUACUGUCUUUCUUCUUCUUCUUGAGAUACCUUAUCCACUCCAACCCAAAAACAUCAAGUUGAAGCAUCUAUAAAAGUUCAUCAUCCUCCAUUUCUACACCGAGAAUCGAACCACGAAAAACACUCACACACCCACGAAUGCGCCGCUAAAAAAGCGCAAAUAGGCAGCUUCCAAUGGAGAAAGGCACUGUAGGUGGCAUUGGCAUGUGUGACCGUCUCUUGACGUUCCUCGCCAAGAACCUGUCCAUGAACCGGCAGAAGACCAUCACCGAUGGCCCAAGAAAUGACAGCAGCAACAACAAUGGCGGCCAUGAAGAGGAAAGAGGAGAAGAAGACGACGACGAGUUCACCAUUGAGAUCGAGAAGGCCGAGGUGUUGCUAGUCGACGAGAAAGACGACGACGACGACCACAAGAGCAUCACGGCCACCAUUCUUGAAGAGAAAAGCACUGAAGUGGCGACGAGCAAUGGAGGAGCAAGUGUGCAGAAGGAGGACGAAGAAGGUGGCCGUCGUAAUGAUCCUCCGGUGGCUGCAGAAGCUGCGACGGUGGCGGAGGCGGCGCCGGUGAAGGAGGAGAAGAAGGUGAAGAAGACGGUGGCGAUCAAGGAGGAAUCCGGCGCGGCGGCGGCGGCGGGGUCGGCGUCGUCGGCGGUGAAGAGGUUGCUGUCCAAGAAGAGGCAGGCGUCGUCGAGCCAGCUCGGAGGGGAUCACGACGGCGGCCAGCAGACGAAGCCGCCGGCGAGGCGGCCGGGGCUCCGGCCGAGGAUGCCGUCGAUCCUGAGGGUGCCGUCCAACAUCAACGAGAAGUCGUCGAGCUUCAUAGAGGAGCGCAAGAAGAGCUUCGGCGGCGGCGGUGCCGGCGCCGGCGGCAAGCCGGAGAAGUGAAGGAUGCAUGUGCACGUGUGACGUGUCAGCUAGCGUGAAGUGCUUGUGUGCGCGCGCGUGUUGGUUAAUUAAUUAAUUUGGAUAAUCGAUUGUUCGUUCUUUACUUCUGUCCAAGGGGCUUGCUUGAUCAUGAAAUUAAAUUCGUUAUUGUGAAAAAAAAUAUAAAAUUUAUACCGUUGUUAUA